CAAUGGAACAAAUCGAAAAUUUUAUUUCAUAAAUAAAUAGUAUGGACUUGGUUGGUCUAGAAGUUUUACUCAUAAAUUUUUAGAAAAUUGUGUUUUAAUUUCGAAUAAUAUAAAGUUUAUUAAUAGCAGCUUCAGUUCAAAAUGCCGAAAAAUAAAGGAAAGGGAGGUAAGAAUCGCAGGAGAGGAAAGAAUGAAAAUGAAACAGAGAAGCGAGAAUUGGUGUUUAGAGAAGAUGGUCAAGUUUAUGCUCAAGUUGUAAAAAUGCUUGGUAGUGGGAGAUUAGAAGCCAUGUGUUUUGACGGUGUGAAGCGCUUGUGCCAUAUCCGAGGAAAAUUGAGAAAAAAGGUUUGGAUAAACCAAGGGGACAUUGUGUUGCUUGGACUGAGAGAUUUCCAGGAUUCAAAAGCAGACGUUAUCCUCAAGUACAAUCCAGACGAAGCUCGAAAUCUCAAAGCGUACGGAGAACUUCCUGAGCACGCCAAGAUAAAUGAAAAUGUGACAUUUGGUGAAGAAGAAGAGGAUGACAUCAUUGAAUUCGAUGAAGUUGGUGGUGAUGACGACAUUGAAAAUAUUUGAUGUCCUCAGAAGUACUGCCUGCCGUUUUCUUGUUUAGUGUCUGUGUCUUGCAUAAUUCUGUCAUCAAAAUGGUGGCAUCUUCUUAAUACUUGUUGCUUAAUAUUAAAAUGUUUAUUUAUGGAAAUAAAAAUUCUUCUUAAACAAAGAUUUUAAAUAUUGUUACAAAUAAAGGACUUAAAUUUGAGUUUCCAUGA